UCUAAAUUUGGAAAACUACAUUUUGUUGGCAGCGGAGUCUCUGAAUCAAAAACUAUUACUGUAUAAUAUGAUGCGCAAACUAAUCCAGGCAGUUGGACGGCGAGUACAUCAACUAGGUGGUCGCAAUUCGCAGAGUUUAGGGGCUUCAAAGGGGCGUGGCAACCUGCUGCUCCAGCAGCGCGUCGGCAAACUCUUUGAACCGCUCCAGCCAAAGACUCUGCGCUGGGGCAUUGCGCCAGUCACGUUGAUGGCCGAGGAUUUUGUGAACGCCUUGAGUGUCCUGCCACCACGUGAGCACAGGAUCACGGCCUGUGUGGAUGCGUAUCGAUCGCAGAGCCUGGAAUUUGGCGAUCGCCAUCGGGUGCCGAAUGUCUUCACCAGCUUCGAGCAACUUGCCAAGUGUCCAGAUGUGGAUGCUGUCUACAUAUCGCCAUCGAAUGGCAUGCACUGCGAGCUCUGCCACCUGAUGCUCAACCAUGACAAGCACGUGCUCUGCGAGCAACCCUUGGCCAUGACUGAGCAGCAGGUGAUGGGGCUGAUGGACAAGGCGCAGGCACGUGGUCUCUUCCUCAUGGAGGGCAUCUGGUCGCGUUGCACGCCCGCCUAUCGCAUGCUGCGCGAUCACCUGAAGCGUGAUCAGCUGGGUAGAGUCUAUCAUGUGGAUUGCAGCUUGGGCUGGCCUAUAUCCAAGGAUCUGGUGGACUAUACGGGCUAUGCGGGCGUCACAAGGGACUUGGCUCCAUAUGCUUUGCAGUUUGCGCUUUGGGUUUAUCGAGCGGUGCCGCAGUCGAUUCGGGUGAGGGGCAAACUCAAUCGACAGGGCGUCGAUGUGGCCAACACCAUUGAUGUGUACUUUAGCGACAAUCGAACCGCGCGUUUAACACUCAGCACACAGGACACGUUGAGCAACGAGGUUCAAAUAUUUGGCGAGAGGGGCAAUGCCAGGUUGAAUAAUCUUUGGUGUCCCGAUCUCUUGGUGUUGCAAAAUGUGGACUAUUCGUUUACCCUACCGCAGUCAAAAGAACCAACCACUUACCACAAUCGCAUUGGACUCUGCUACGAGGCGCAGGAAGUGCGCAAUUGCAUCCUGGCGGGACGUACUCAAAGCUGCCUCUUUAGCCACAAUGAGAGCCGCUUGCUGUCCAACCUAACCAAUCAAGUACAUGAUAUGCUGGGAGAGCAAUGGGAAAAAGUGUUGGCACUGAGAGAUCAACAAAAACAGCAACAAAAAGUGCAACAACAGAAACUGAAAGAACUACAGAAACAAAAAGAAAAAAAGCAAAUAGAGCAACAACAAAAAAAGCAAAAGCAAUUGCUACAACAAGAAAUGCAGCAACAAGUUCAGAACAAUUGAAACUCUGCGGAGUAGAUAACGAGGCGUGUGUUCCAGCUUAGCACAGACUGCAACCAGCUGCUAAUGGCUGUCAAAGCGUUCACAACAACCCCAGCGUAGACUUCAACCAGUCUGCAGCUUUUUUUAAGUAGCCGUUAAGUACGAGAGGCUGAUACGCAGCUCACAACAACUCCCAACACAACUCUACCUGCUUAUCUUGCAAAGCUUCUUGAACAAUCUAUUGCGUUGUGGCUGCGAAAUCAUGCGGAGCACAUCGAACCUUUGAGAAAGACCAAAAAAAAACUGGUCAGUGACUAAUACGUGAGGCGGUUUCCAAAGCAAACUACAAUAGCAAUUUUGUUGAGACGUAUACAUAAACAAUGAUAAGAGCGAACAAAAAAAGCUUAUCACCGGCAUGGCGAGUAAACAAAGAUGCAUUUAUAUAAACAAAUGGGCAAACAAUUAAAUUAAGAGCUUUUCCGUUAGAGCGCGAAGGGAAAACUAGGUCGACGGGCAGGGACAGAAAAUCGAACGAACAGGCGAUAUAUAUAAUACAUACAAUGUAUACAUAUAUAGAUAAACAUAAAUGUAUGUAUGUGUGAUAUUUACAUAUGUACAUACAUAGUUAUGUGCGCCUAAUCACGUCGCCUGCUUUGUUUUGGUUUAGUAGUUUGCCAUUUGAGCAUUAACGGAAAAUUUGUGGCAAUGAGCCGGGCAGUGACAUGGAAAUGCAACAUGUGUGUUUUGCCUACCUACUUGUCUAGCUGGUGAUGCAAUUCGAAAUGCAGUCCCAGGGACAACUGCAAUGCGACCCAAGUCAAGGGUUGCUAACGUGGCCUUUUACGUAAGAAGAACAAGAGCAUGCUUGCAGUGUUUUAAAAACGUGUGUAUUAUGAAAGCAAAAUUUAAAUUGUCGAGGCAAAAAUAUGUUUGACGUUGUCAUUGCGUUUUUUUUUUUGUAUUUUUGUUUUUGUUUUUUUGGUUUUUUGUUUACCGCGCAUUUUGUAAACACAACACAAAUAAAUUGCGCAGCAAAAUUUUGCUGAAAGUUUCGCUCUCUCUCUAAAGAACUUCAAGUGAGAGAGAGUUUUGGGGCAAUGACAAUUUACAACCCAGUAGUGAAUGACAAUUCGAAAAUUCUAGAGCUCUCAGCAAGCAUUGCAAAAGUGUCAUUGGAUACGACGGGAAGCAAAAAUAAUUUGUGGGAGAAGCUUAUAAUCUGAAAGCAGCAAGCACAAAAUUCUAAUUAAGGGUCUCCAGUUUUGGGAGAGCAACGAGUCUGAGAGAGAGUGCCGGUCUGCCGCCGCUCUUGCUGUUACAAACAACAACAAAACGUCAGCAAAAAGCUCGUGCGAGAGGACUUCGAAGAAAACACAGCACAUACCCAGAACAACAACUACAACGCAAAAAAAAGAAAAAAGACAAAUACUCAUUUAAUUGCAAUAAGAAA